CACGCCCCCACUUUCUCAUAUACAACGACAGCGCAGCAAUCACAAGUGGUGGAUGAUUUUUUUUUCUAGACUAUCUAAAAUUAAAGGCGGGGGGGAGGGGACAAAAAAGAAUGACUAAUUAAUGAUCUAGCUCCACCCUGGCUCCUCCUCCCGGACUUGUCAGCGGACCUCCGGGACCUGGAGCUCGGCGGAGCGGGGUGUCCCGGCAGCCCGGGAUGCCCGCGCGGCGCGGCGCGGCGGCGGCCACCGCGAUCGGGGCUCGUCGCUAAGCCCUCGGGUGCCGGGUGGCGGCGGAGGACGGGCGCGGGGACCCGGUGGGGGCUCCGGGCUCUCCGCAUGGACUCGCCGUGGGACCCGGAGGGCUCCGGCUCCUCUGCAGGUGAUGGACCUCCAGGAAGUGCAGGGGAGACUGGCAGGUGGCGGGUGUCCAGAGAACAGCUUUUUGUACUGAUCUCUGCGGCUUCCAUCAACUUGGGUUCGAUGAUGUGCUAUUCCAUUCUAGGACCCUUUUUUCCCAAGGAGGCUGAAAAGAAAGGAGUCAGCAAUACAGUUAUUGGCUUGAUCUUUGGAUGUUUUGCUUUGUUUGACUUUCUGUCAUCUUUGUUAUUUGGAAAAUAUCUUGUACAUAUUGGAGCAAAAUUUAUGUUUGUGGCAGGCAUGUUUGUAUCGGGAGGUGUGACAAUUCUUUUUGGUUUAUUGGAUCAAGCUUCAGACAGAUCAACAUUUAUUGCUCUGUGUUUUAUAGUGAGAAUAGCAGAUGCCAUAAGCUUCUCUGCAGCCAUAACUGCAUCUUCUUCUAUCCUUGCAAAGGCGUUUCCAAAUAAUGUGGCUACAGUCAUGGGAAGUCUUGAAAUUUUCUCUGGACUUGGACUUGUGCUGGGGCCCCCUAUCGGUGGCUUCUUGUAUCAGUCCUUUGGCUAUGAGGUGCCUUUUAUUGCUCUGGGAUGCUUAGUUCUGCUGAUGGUGCCUCUCAACAUGUGUAUUUUACCUAAUUAUGAAUCCAAUCCAGAUAAACACUCAUUCUGGAAGCUGAUCACUUUACCCAAGGUUGUCUUCCUCGCCUUCAUCAACAUCUCGGUCAGCUCCUGUUUAGGCUUCCUUGACCCAACUCUGUCUCUCUUUGUUAUGAAGCAGUUUAAUUUACCAGCUGGAUAUGUCGGACUUGUAUACUUGGGCAUGGCCCUGUGUUACAUGAUUUCUUCACCACUACUUGGUCUACUAAGUGACAAAGUGCCGCAUCUGCGGAAAUGGCUUCUGGUCUUUGGAAGUUUCAUCACUGCAGGCUGCUACAUGCUCUUAGGACCCGCCCCAAUCUUGCCAAUUAAAAGUCAGCUCUGGCUGUUGGUGUUGAUGUUAGUCAUCAGUGGCAUCUCGACUGCAAUGAGCCUGAUUCCAGUUUUCCCAGAAGUUCUCAGUUAUGCACAUGAAAAUGGCUUUGAAAAUGGCUUGAGUACAUUGGGACUUGUGUCAGGUCUCUUAGGUGCAUUGUGGUCAGUUGGUGCUUUUAUAGGACCUAUGCUGGGUGGAUUUCUAUAUGAGAAAAUUGGUUUUGAAUGGGCAGCUGCUAUACAAGGUCUCUGGGCUCUGGCAAGUGGAUCAUCAGUGGCCUUGUAUUAUCUAUUGGAGAACUCAAGGAAAAGAAGAUCCAAACAUCAAGAUAGUCACAACACAGAGGAGGAGGCACGGACAGCUCUUUUGUCUGAUGAAGGCUAGCCCUGGGAAUCCUGGAUUGUUACCGGGUAGAAGACAGAUGCUUUGAAUGUCAAAGUUGGAAGAGUUGCUUAAUUGCACACACGGAACUCACGGACCCUACACCAGCGUUCUGGAAAUGUUAUCAUAUUUGGAUGCUCCUGUUGUUGUACUUAGUUGCCUGAUAUGUUGCUUGUUGAUCCAGUCAUCUAUGAAACUUUUAAUGUAUGAGAACAACAGCCAAAUGUUAACAAAAGUUUUUUUGUUUGUUUGUUUUUGGGUCACACCCAGCAAUACUCAGGGGUUACUGUGUCUCUGCACUCUGGAAUUUGGUCUGGCAGUGCUUGGGGAACCAUUUGGGAUGCUGGGGAUCGAACUCCAGUUAGUCACAUGCAAGGCAAAUGCCCUACUCACCAUACUGUCUCUGGUCCCUUAAAGUUUGCAUUUUGAAGUAACUAAACUUGGACGUGUUAUGAAAGCCUCCUUUUUCCUCUGUUUACUUUUUAUUCCAACUGCACUGAUUCUGAAUGUAAUUUUUUUAUUAACAGGGAAAGAAUGAAGUGAUUGAGAUGCUUAAAAUAUAUAAGGUGACUCAAAACAUGCAGGACAAAUACUCUGCCAUUUGUUUUUAAAAGAUACCUCUUUGUUCCUUAAGUUUUCUUAAUUCUUGUUCAAAAAACAGUAUUCCCACUGACCAUGCAAAGAGUCUGCAUCAUUGAUUGUCAGCUUUUAUAAAAACUUGGAAAAGUAUAAGAAUAACAUUAGACUUUAUAUCUAUGGGUGAUAUUACAGUAGGUAGGGUGCUUGUCUUGCAUGCAACUAACCAGGUUUAAUCCCCGGUACUCCAUAUGGUCCCCUGAGCCCACCCAGAGUGAUGGGGUUCAGGGCCAGAAGUAAGCCCCAGGCACUCAGGUGUGGCCCCAAAGCAACCAAGCAAGAAAAGACUUCCGUCUUUGAAUUAUUAUCUGCAUUAUAACAAUGCUUGAUACAACACUAUUAAUUUCUCUUAAUGCAGUAUUUUUCUUUGAACAGGACACAAAUAGGUGCAUCCCACUCUUAGAGCAAGUGAAUUCACAGAAACUAUUUGUUUUAAGGAAGAGAUGGUCUGACUUGAUAUAUAAUCCAUGCUCUUGUGCUGAGUGAGUAAACCUCUUCCGUACAAUUCUUAUGCCUUCUGAUGCGUUUUUGUGGUGUGGAACUACACUCACCUUUUUGAAAAAAGAAAAAGCUUUAAAAAAUUCUAUACUUUUUAAUUCUAUUUUUUUUUAUUUUUUGCUUUUUCUUGAGGGGGGGGCGUCACACCCGGCUAUGCACAAGGGUUACUCCUAGCUCUGCACUCAGGAAUUACUGCUGGUAGUGCUCUGGGGACCAUAUGGAAUGCUGGGAAUUGAACCCGGGUUGACGCUGUGCAAGGCCUUACCCAAUGUACUAUCACUUCAGCCCCCCCCACCCUGUAUACAUUUUUAAAAUAAAAGUUUUCUCCAAAUUGACUAUGCAGGGUGCUAGAAAAAUUCUGUAAUCAAGAUCAAGACAAUCCUGCACCUUCAGACCAUACUGUUCAGUGGAACGAGCAAGAUAUAAAUAAAUGCCAGAAUCUCUAGUUACCUUACAAACCUGCCAUGAGGAAGAAAGCCUGUUGCUAUACAAGACUAAGUGGUUGGGACAGACUGGCUGCGGCUCCUGAAUUUAAACAAGCCCUUUCCAUGGAAGCAGGUUUGGGCUUUGUUUUUGAAGUGAUUGAUUUUGGGGCAGUCACUUCUAGCAGUGCUGGGGCAAGUCUGCUCCCUAUAACCCUGGGAGAGGAAUAAAGGUGGGGGACAAACGCAGGGCCUUUGCUCUAACACUCGGCCACUCUCAGCUGUGCUACUUCUGACUUGGGGGUUGCUCACCCCCUGCCCCCCACCUUUCCCACCCCUGACUGUGCUGUCAGGGGACCAUGCUGUGCCUUCUGCAGGCAAACUAUCCACUAGCCCUUGGAGCUGUCUCUCUGGCUCCUGCCUUAAGAGUGGAGAUGUUUGAAUGAAGAUGGGUAGGGUGAGGAGGCAGACAUUUAUUUAGAAGGAAAACCAGUGCCUAACAUAUACUGGAGUUGGACAUGGUCCAAGAUGGGACCAGAACUGCUCAGUGCCUGAAUCUAGUCCACAGUGGAUGUUAGAAGGAUGUACAGGAGUUAGCUUUAGAUGGGGCCUUCCAGAAAUCUGAUUGUUUCAGGAAGGGAAUUAUUGUACCUACCCAGAGACAGGGGACUGGAGCGAUAGCACAGCAGGUAAGGCAUUUGCCUUGUAUGUAGCCAACCCGGGCUUGGGGCUCGAUUUCUUUGUCCCCCUUGGAGAGCCCGGCAAGCUACUAAGAGUGUCCCGCCAGCACGGCAGAGCCUGGCAAGCUGCCUGUGGCAUAUUCAGUAUGCCAAAAACAGUAACAAAAAGUUUCACAAUGGCGAUAGUACUGGUGCCUGUUUGCGCAGAUGAAAAACGGGACAACCGUGCUAUAGCGCUACCCAGAGACAGGAAGGGGUUGUUGGUUAUGAGGGUUGAAGGAAGAUCUUCAGAAGUUUUUAAGAGAGACUUUAUUGGUUCAAGCCAGAAAAGUGAAAGUUGAUGAAGAGAAAACGGUGUUUGGGAGUGAAACCAACAGGACUUACUGAUCUGGAUGCAGAAGAAGAGAAGCAUGUAGUAGAAUCCCUAGAAUUUAGUUGGAGGGUAUGGUCUAUGUCUGUGCUCUUUGUGAAAUGACAAAGAACAGAAGCAAAAAAAAAAAAUUCUUGGGCGGGAGCGAUAGUACAGCGGGUAGGGUGUCUGCCUUUCAUACAACUGACCUGGGUUCGAUCUGUGGCAUCUCAUAUGGUCCUCCGAGCACCACUAGGAGUAAUUCCUGAGUGCAGAGCCAGGAGUAACCCCUGAGCAUCUACAGGUGUGACUCAAAAACAAACAAAAAUCUGAAGGUGCAAAGUAGACCACAUUGGAACAUCCUUUCACACCAGCAGAACAUGGAUAAAGACAGCAACGGCAGUGUUGGAGAGCAUGGAAACAACAUGCCUAGAAUUGUUCAUGGAAGACUGGAAUCAGUUGUGAAACUGGAUUUUCACAAAUCCUAGGAGCUCUUUAUCCUAUUCUCCCAAAUCUCUUCCAUGAGAAACUUCCAGAGUGUGGACCAAUGGGGUAGGGAGCACUGUGAACUGUCACCUCUUUUCCACUUACCAAACCAGCACAAGGACAGAAUGUGGCCCUGCUUGCUUCACCCACGUGGGACACAGUCUAGAUCACCCUGACCUUUUCUUUCAACCCUGUCCUCUUGGCUGCCUUUCCUUCACCUCUACCCGGGAGCUUCGCCUGCCAGUUCUGGCUGCCUGUAGUUCCCGCCGCUGCCGCGCGGGGCCGCUAUGACAGCGCCACGGAGCCGUCGGGCAGUUCCUGCCCUGGCCGCGACAGCCCGGCUGGCAUCACCCCUAUACCAACCUCUCGUGCCCGGGUAUUUGCAUAGCCCAGGACUGCCCGCUUCUACCGUUAUCAGCGCUGGUGACUCUUGAGAGUUCAAGGCCAAAGCAAAGGUUCCAGGCUUUCUGGUGAAAGAACUGUCAGUUCCCAGUUCUCAACAGACCAGCUCUCAGUACACUACCGAGACUGAUUUCCUAAAAGAUGCAAAACCAAGCUUGCCCCUCCUCAUUCUAUGAUUUUGCAUAUAUUAAAAUAAGUGCAAGGGGCUGGAGUAAUAUUGUAGCAGGUAGGGCGCUAGCCUUGCGCCCGGCCUCUGGGGGAUGGAUCAGCAGCUCCCCAUACGGUCCCCUGAGCACCGCCAGGAAUGUUUCUUGAGUGCGGAGUCAGGUGUAAUCCCUGAGAACCGCCAGGUGUGGCUCCGAAACAAAAAACAAAAAAAAAUAAGUGGCAGAAAUGUUCAAAACAUGCCCCUGAAAUUACAUACUAUUGCAAAUCAAUAAAUAUUCAAUAAAAAAUUUUAAAAUUAAAGUUUUUAUAUUGAAAAAAGUUAAAAAUAUUAAAGGAAAUCUCUGUGGAGGUUUAUAUUUUAUAUAUUUUCUUUGAAAUAUGCUCAGAACAUUUGUAACUUAAAAAAUGUAGACAUAUACCUGAUUGUAGAUUAUAAUAACCCAUAGGUUUAUGUUAAGGUUGUGAUAUGUAAACUUAUACACACAUAUACGUUUAUAUGCUCAAUAUAUGUAUGUAAUAUAGAAAUGUGGAAAUGUGUUUGUUUAUAUAUGUUUUAUAUAUGACAUGCACAGUAAUUAAAAGGAAAAACAAAGGACACAAAAAUCACAAGUAGAUUUUAAAAUAAAUUUUUCUUUUUUCUAA